GGAGACCGGAUAUAGUGAAUGCAGGGUCCGGGGAGAGCGGAUAUAGUGAAUGCAGGGUCUGGGGAGAGCGGAUAUAGUGAAUGCAGGGUCUGGGGAGAGCGGAUAUAGUGAAUGCAGGGUCCGGGGAGACCGGAUAUAGUGAAUGCGGGGUCCGGGGAGAGCGGAUAUAGUGAAUGCAGGGUCCGGGGAGAGCAGAUAUAGCGAAUGCGGGGUCCGGGGAGAGCGGAUAUAGCGAAUGCAGGGUCCGGGGUUUAGUAACAUUUUAUGAUGGUUCACUGAUUUGUCAUUAUUGGAAUCUUUAUUAUUAUUAUUCAGGAUUU